AUGUCAUCUAAUAUUUUAUUAAAUAAAUUAGUCAAAAAUUAUGAAACGUUGUUACAAAAUUCAGUCAAGAAUUAUGAUAUGAUUAUUAAAUGUGGAGAGAAGUCAAUUAAUAAGACACUGUAUGCGCAUUCAUUAAUAUUAUCAUCACAAUCAACUUACUUUCAAGCCGCAUUAUCAAGUAAUUGGAUUAAAAAAGAAGAUGGUAAAAUUCUUUUUGAAAAGGAAAAUGUAGCUCCUAAAAUUUUUAGUAUUAUUCUCAAACACUUGUAUUGCGGUGAAGUGACACUCGAUGAAUUAAAUUUAUUAGAAUUAUUAGAAUUAAUAUCAGCUGCUGAUGAAUUUAUAUUGUCCGAAUUAAUGAAAUUUACUGAAACAUUACUGAUUUCUCUUGCAGAUACUUGGAUGAAAACAAAUUUUAUCAAAAUUCAUUUACAUGCCCAUACAAUUACAGGAUGUAUAGCUCUUCAAGAUUCAAGUAAUUUUGAUAAUGAUUCAAAUUUAAAUGAAACUGAUGUUAGUGAAUGGAAUGAAAACAAUUUUAAAGAUUUGUGGGAAGUUUUAAAGAAUGUCAUUGAUUUCGUUAGAUUUUGUAAUAUCUCGGUCGAAGAGUUUGAAAAAGAGGUCCAACCAUAUUCAGAAAUGUUUCCAAGAAAAGUUUAUGAAAAUAUCAUUUGGAGCUUUGUUAAACCACAGGAAUCUAAAAUGAUUAUAAGAGGAAAUAGGGUACGAAAACAAGGUUCUAAUUUAUCUACAAAAAAAUCUGCUUUUCCUGUUCAUAUUGGUGGCUUUCCUCCUUCUAGUAUUGGAUUUAAUGGUUUUGGAGCAUCAUCAACUACUCAGCCUCCGGUAUAUGGAAUGUUAACUACUCAGCCUGCGGUAUAUGAAAUGUUAACUACUCAGCAGCCUGGUUUUGCUGGACUUGGUAGACGUAAUUAA